AUGGUUGAUCCCUUUUCCGAAUCAUUAAUUUUGUCGGAUCCGGGUGAUACGGUUCUAUCAGGUGAAAAAUCGAAAAUUACAAAUUGCAUUAUUGGAAAAAACAGCAAGAUUGGAAAAAAUUGCCAGAUUAAUGGGGCAUUCAUCGCCGACGGCGUCGUGCUUCCCGAUGGCACAAUCUUCGAAUCGGAAGUGAUUAUCGGAAGCGAUGUGACGUAUCCGAUAGAGUUGAGUUUCCCAACGAAUAGCGCAAUUUGCUCGAUGGAAGUUGAUAAUGAGGAAUUCGACAAGAUCUCGUCGAAAAAAGAGAACAGCGUCCAUAUUUGGAAUAUGUUCAAUGGCGGUCCGUUUUGGACGAAAAGCGGCGCGUCGAAGAAAAAUGGCAACUCGUCGAAUGAUUCGGAUGAGGAUGAUGAUGAUGAUAUCGACGAUGAGGAGGAUGAGAUGAACGGUGGAUUCGCCGACAAUUCGACGCGGCAAUUUUACGAUGAAGUGUUUGAGAGUAUGAAGGGAAUUCAGACGAUGGAAAAUCAACAGAUGAGCAAUUUGAUUCUUGAAAUCAACUCGUCGAAACUUGCAUGCAAUGUGACAAUGGACGAAGUUGCGAAGAAUGUGUUCGCCGCGUUUAUGGAAUUGCCGGGAAAUGAGGAAUUGAAGAAUUUGCUUCAGAUGGUUAAAAAAUGGCGAGGGUUGUUCUUGAAUUACUACAAAGCUACUGACGAAUCGCUAGCGGCGAAAGCGCCGGCGCAACGGAAGCUCGAAGUGGAAUUGAAGCGCAAAUGCCAGAUUCAGCUGCUUCUCGCGAUCGAGGACAAAUAUGAUAAGGAGCCGGAGGUGUUUGGGCCGAAAGUCGCCAAAUUGGUGCAUUUUCUGUACAACGACGCCGACGUUUUGGAUGAGGAGGCGAUUUCGGAAUGGGCUGGAUCGAUUCCGAGUGAAUCGAAACUCAAAAAUAUCAUGCAGCCUGUAGUGGAUUGGCUUGAGCAAGAUGACGAGGACGACGAAGAAGAAGAAUCCGACGCGGAAUAA